AUGUUAUUCGCUCCGAGCGGACCACAGAGUCCCCGCCGUCGCAAUCGCAUCAAGGCCAUUUUCCUGACCAUCUUCAUCCUCGCUAUACCCCCCUCGCGCGCCCCGACCCCAGGUCCUAGCCAUGAUACCCCGUGGGACGCCUCUUCCAAGUCCACGGACGAGCAGGCUCGUCCCGUCGUUCGCCGACACAAGGAGAUGGUUGUCGCGAGCAUGAAAUCAGAUGAUACUUCUUGGCUGCCGGAGUAUUUUCCAGACUGGUCCCAGAGUAUCUACGUGGUGGACGACAAGUGGGCGCCCUUGACAGUCACGAAGAACAAGGGCCGCGAAUCGAUGGUGUAUUUGACAUACAUCAUUGACCACUACGACAACCUCCCCGACGCAAUACUCUUCAUCCACUCCCAGCGCUUCCAAUGGCACAACGACGACCCAUAUUACGACGGAGUCGGCAUGCUCCGCAACUUCCAGCUCCCCUACCUCCAAAAACAAGGCUACGUCAAUCUGCGCUGCGUCUGGACCCUAGGCUGCCCAGGCGAGAUCCACCCGUUGAGCGACACCCACCGCGACGACGUGCACGCGGGGGAAUAUUUCACAAACGGGUUCAAGGAAUUGUUCCCCGGUGUACCUAUUCCCGAGCAAGUCGGAGCAUCAUGUUGUGCGCAGUUUGCCGUAUCGCGCGACAGGGUUCGCGAGCGGCCCCUGAGUGACUAUGUGCGCUUCCGCGACUGGCUCAUCGAGACUGAUCUGACGGAUGAUUUGAGUGGGCGGAUUAUGGAGUACUCAUGGCAUAUGAUCUUUGGAGAAAAGGCCGUCUUCUGCCCAUCCGCCAAGGAGUGUUAUUGUAAUGUCUUUGGACUAUGCGAUCUGGACUGUCCCGUCGACGGGACCUGUGGGGGUCGCUACGUCCUCCCUCCCUACUCCUCAUUACCCAAGGGUUGGCCGUAUAUUGGAUGGAACGGCCAGACCCAGAACCCCAGCCAGGGACUACCUGAAUCAUAG